CUCUGAUUUCCAAACACUAUUUUCUCAAUAAGGAGAAGAAAAUGCAGACCUGAAUCCCUGGGCAGACUCUUUGGAAUUGUCUUAACUAUUUUCACAUCCCUUUGAUAUGGAGGCUACUUAUAUAUGGCUGCUGAUGGUUGGAAUUCUGGCAGUUGUCUACUGUCAACCUCUUCCUGCCUGGGAGGAAAAUAAUGAGACAGAGAUCUAUUUACAGGAUGAAACACACUCAGAAACAUCCCUGCCAUGCCAUAAAAUCUCCACUAGCAAUACCAUUUUUGCCCUACGUUUAUACAAGGAAUUAACCUUGGCAACUCCCAAUGAGAACAUUUUCUUCUCCCCUAUAAGCAUCUCCAUGGCUCUAGCCAUGUUGUCUCUUGGGACCCAAGCUGCAGUUCAGACCCAAAUCCUAGAGGGAUUGGGCUUCAACCUCACAGAGAUACCAGAAUCUGAGAUCUACAAGAGUUUCCAGCAUCUCAUCUAUAAGCUAAACCUGAGCAGCAAAAAACAUGAACUGAAGAUAGGAAGUUUCAUGGUCCUGGAUAAGCAACUAAAAUCACUUCAUGAACAGCAUAGCACCAAGGAGUGGUAUGAAGGCACAACUUUUACCUUCAACUUCACUAACUUUUUCUCAACUAGGAGACAGAUUAAUAAAUACAUAGAGAAUGAAACCUAUGGGAAAAUUAGAGAAUUUCUUCAAGACUUCAAUCAGGACACUGUAAUGGUGCUUGUGAAUUAUAUAUUUUUUAAAGCCAAAUGGAUACACCCUUUCAAACACUAUUGGAUUAAGAACCAUCUAAGUUCUUCUAUGGAUAAGAAGAUUAUUAGAUCUUCAAUGAUGCACCAAAAGGCACAACACCGGUUUUUGUAUGAUAAGGAGCUGUCUUGCAUUGUACUCCAGAUGGAAUACAUUGAAAAUGUCCUCAUCCUUCUCAUUCUGCCAGAUGAAGGGAAAAUGAGACAAGUAGAAGAUUCUCUGAAGCCAGAGACCCUGAAGAAGUGGAACAAAUUACUAUUGCCCAGUCUGCUAAAUUUACAUUUGCCAAAGUUUUCAAUUUCUGGGAUAUAUAACCUGGAAGAAAUCCUUCCCAGAAUGGGUUUUUCCAGCAUAUUCACUCCGAAGGUCAAUCUAUCCAACUUUACUGGACUACCACAUCAAGCAGUCUCAAAGAUACUACACCAAGUUGCUGUGGACAUGAAUGAGAAAGGCACUAAGGCAGCAGCCACCUCCACCUUUCUUUCUCAGCCUGGGACUUUGAACCAAGACUCUCCACUGACUGUUCAUUUUGACAGGCCCUUCCUUCUGCUGAUUUGGGAAGUGUCUGCCCAGAGUUUGCUUUUCCUUGGAAAAAUUAUAACCCCAAAUGCAGAUUGACUUUGAUAAGAGAUGGGAGAAUGAGAGUCAUCUCCAGUAAAGUCACUGGUUUUUUUAAUAUCUGAUUUUUCUUGCAUGAAGUAGGCAUGGUACUCACAGGUAUGAAAUAUUUCAAUGAUAUCAACAACAGUAAUAAUAAAAAUCAUUUAGAAAUUUUGUGGACAUAAAAUAUAACUUUUUGUGGUCUGAUGGCCAUGGACACUGUUUGUGCCCCUUCCUCUGCCCCAUCCCAUUACUACACUUUAUCAUUUUUCAUUCAUUCAUCCAUACUCCUAGAAUAGUGAUUGAAUUGUAGUAGGAGCUGAAUAAAUUCUUAUUGAUUGA